UAUUCUAAACAAAUUUAGACGUUAUAAAAAAUGUUAUUGCAAAAUACUGUCAUUUCAAAGUGAAUUUUUAAAGAGAUUUAGAUUCAACAAUGAGUCUCAAGGAGUAAAUAUUUUAACAUUUCGAGGAAAUAAUAAUUAACCUUAGAGAUGCCGGGGAGACUUUGAGGUUCAUGAUGAAAGAAACAAAAUCUAAAAUUUCUUAGCUUGAUUAUGAUGAAAGGACGUCAUGAAAUCUUUGCUUAUCUGCCUUCAGCUGUGUCGUCAAGCAUUGCACGUGUUUGUGGAGAAAGUGGACAUUUUCCGAAUGCAGACUGCAUUCAAUUGGAUCCUUCUGUAUGUUACGAUUCUCCUCGUACAAAAUGUUAAGGCGGCGGAAAAGAGUGAUUUCAUGACGAACACUUCGAAACUGUUGGACAGUUUGCUUUCCGCGGAAAAUUACGACAGACAGAUUAGACCCGGCUUUGGAGGUCCACCAACUGUCAUUUUGACAGAUAUAGAAAUCAGAAGUUUUGGCUCAAUAUCGGAAACGGAUAUGCUUUUUUCAAUGGAUUGUUAUUUUCGUCAAACAUGGUUCGAUCGCCGUCUGAGUUUUAGGAGUGGGAAUCUGACUGUACUCUCAAUGGACUGGAAAUUUCUUCAGAAAGUUUGGACACCAGAUACGUAUUUCCUCAACGGAAAGAGUUCAUACUUACAUAAGGUUUCUGUUCCUAAUAAAUUUGUGAGAGUUAGGUAUGACGGCCAAUUAAAAUAUUCUAUGAGACUGACAAUCCAAACCAACUGCCCAAUGCAUUUAAGGAAAUAUCCUCUAGAUAAACAAGCGUGUCCUCUAGUUAUCGGAAGUUUUGCUUAUACGGCAAGAGAUGUUCUAUAUCAAUGGAAUGGACCAAAUCCUGUUGCUGUUGCUGAUGACGUAACUUUGUCUCAGUAUGAUUAUCUCAAUAUUACAUUAGCUAAUAGUACAGACACUGAAUCGAAAGGUACUUCAUCUUUGUUGGCCAGAUUCAUUUUGAGAAGACGGAGAGGAUAUUUUAUUUUGCAAAUUUAUGCGCCAUGUGCUAUGAUUGUUGGUGCAUCUUGGGUUUCCUUCUGGAUCAACAAGAGUGACGCUCCUGGUAGAGUAGCAGUAGGAGCUACAACUGUUUUGACACUUGUGACGAUGGGAUUCGGUGGUAGAUCGUCUUUACCACGUGUAGCCUAUGCAACAGCUAUUGAUUGGUUCGUCAUCUUAUGCUUUUCUUUUGUAUUCGCUGCCAUGGUCGAAUAUGCAUGUGUCAAUGUUGUCGAUAGAAAUGAUCUCAUGAAACUUCAGAAAGCACUGAAGCUUCAGCAAGACAAAGAACAAGCCCAGGCUGCUGGAACGCACAAAGAGAAUGGUGAUGACUUAACAGCAAUCUCCGAAUCUUGUGAUACCGAAGAACGGCCUCUGAACUGUCCUCAGAAAUUCCGUCCGUUCCGUUGGAAGAAAAAGAAACGCUACCGCGAAAUUGCUACAAACUUUGAUGAAAUUUCUGCCCCUGAUAGGGGAAGUCGUAUUGACGCCUACGCUCGAGUGCUAUUUCCCUUCGCCUUUGGUGUGUUCAACCUGCUCUACUGGACGUUGUAUCUGUACACAAUUGACGAUGAAAUACCCGAUGAUACUACAUUCUGAUAAAACUGCAUUUAGCAGUUAAACAGUAAAAGAUAUCAUGUUUAAAAAUAUGAACUUUGCAGUUACUUCACUCAUUCACUUAUCCCAGAUCCUUACUUAUGUAGAAUUGAAACAAGGCAGAGAGUCGAUAUGUUUCAUCAUCUAUCAUCAAAUAACUAUUUUUAACAAACUUAAAAUGUGAGAAAAGGGCAAGGCCAUAAGGAUUCAAUGAGUAUUGCAAUAGAUAUACCAUAUUUCCUUGUUAAAUCACAGCUAUCUGACGAUUUAAACUUGAAUAUGUAACCAUGAAACCAGUUUAAGAACAUUCAAAAAUUAAAUGAUUUGGGUAUUAGCAAUUAGGUCAUAUUUUAUGUAAUAUCGUUUUUUUUUAUGAAAAUUUAUAGGUGCAUUAACGGAAAAGUCGUAUCUUUUUAUCACAUGAAAUUCUAUAAAUUUUAUUUCAAAGCAAGAAAUUUUCGACAGCUCAUAGAAUUCUUUGAGACUAAUUCCUUAAUUUUUAUCUCUUUAAAUAAUAACUAAUCAACUAUGGGAAAAGAUUUAGAACACUCGAUGUGACCUAAGAAUAUGGCUCAGCGUUUCCUAGCCAGUUCUUGAAUCUCAUACAUAAUUAUAUCCGCACUGUGUGCUUUGGUUUUGACCUGACAGUCUUUUCUAUAAACCAGUGAAAAAUAUUUUACAGAAAGCUCUGUAUUAUCUUCGGACUUCUCAUGAAUAAUGCAUAAUUCCAUCAGAAGAAACAUUCUAAAAAGGAUUUUCUGUUGUAGAUUUACUUGCAAAAACACAUUCUUUCUUGUAGGAACAUUACGAUUAUUUCAUUGAUAGAUUUAUUUGUUUAUCAGUCAACAGAAACAUUCUAACAGGGAUUUUCUAUUGUAGCUUUGCUUGUAGAAAUCGACUUUUUUUUCUAUGGUCCUUAUUAUUAUUUAAUUGAUUUAUAUAUUUGUUAGAUUAAAGCCCUACUUAUCUAAAAUCUCAGAACACAUAGUACAAGAUAUUUUCUUAAGGAGCUUGAAUUCCUGGUGUUAUAACUUUUUAUUCAAAGUAAUUAUUUUAUUUCCAAAUGCUUGAAAUCCAAAGCUAGAUUCCUUAAUUUACGCAGAUACUAUGGCGAUCAAAAUCACAAGAUUGUAGUUCCAUGUUAACCCUUUAAAGGGCCAUUUUUAAGGGUCAUAUUAUGUUAAAAUAUUUUUAGGCUUGAAAUUAGAAUAAGAAAAGAGAUUCAUUUAGCAUAUUAGAUAAAUUUAAUUUGAUUAAAUAAUUAAUUUGGUUAAUUAAUAAUUAAGUAUCAAAUCAAGACGAAUCAUUUUGUGUAAAAUAAAAAACUAAAGUAUCUAAGCUUCUGUCUUUCUAAAAAAAAAUUGUCAGAACUUAUGCCAACCUACAUAAAUUCAUACAAAAAUUGAUAAAUUUGGUGGAAAGCAUACUUCUCAUGGCCCUAGAAAGGGUUAAGGUAAAAAUGCGCAACUAGAAUACGAUAUUACUAAAAAAUGACUUAAUAAUUCAAAUCACUUCUAAGAAAUAUGCAAUAGAAAAUUGUGCAAAUAAGCAGCUGCUUCUGAAGAUAAAUUUUAUGAAAUUACAAUCACUUAGAAGUUUUAUUCAAAAAAUGCAGAUAUAAGACCAUUCCUUUCAAUAUUUUAAUAAAUGCUAUAUAGUAAAAGCAAUAUCUUAGAAUUCAUGCAAUGAAAAUAUUUGAAUAUAAUUUUACAUCUCUUUCUUAUAAAUACGUAGUGUUUUUUACAUCCUAAACUGAAAUUUGUGCUAUUCUAAAUAAUCUAAAAUAAGACAUCUUAAGACAUAGAAUUGAGAAAAAAUAAUAUUUGCACUUAGAAUUCAUACCGUGUAUACAUGGUUAAAUAAAAACUCAGAUUUGAAUAAAAACAACGAAAAUUUAGCGAGUAUUUUGGCAACUGGAAUAAAAAAGUUGCUUAGAAGAAAUUCCUAGAAAGUGGAUUCGAGGAAUUUACUGGAUUGGUUUCUAAAGUAGAAUUUAAUUAAAAACUCAAAGAUUUAUAGGCAUUUGCAAUAUGAUUCCUUCAAAUCAAUCAAGAUUUAAACUAAAUCUUUCCAGUAACAUAAAAUUCUAGUCAAUGUUUACCAAUCGUAAUCUGAUAUCUUUAAAUUCUACAUUCAAUAUGCUUUCCUAAAUAAGCAAAUCCUUCAGUUCUACAGCUUCAUGGUUUGAAUAUAUCAUAUUCUUCACAAAAAUAGCACCAUAUGAAUUUCAGAGACUAAAGCAGAGAAAGCAUUUCAUCGAUUUCAUGCACAAGACUCUAGAUUUGUAUUUUUGACUGUUUUUAAAUUCCAGAAAUAAACCUGAAUUCUACUUUGAUCGCAAUUUAAAAGCAGUGGCAAAACGAGUUUAUUUUUCUAGAGCACCUUGAACAAAUGUAGUAAUGCAGUUUAGAAGACUAAUAGUUU